GGCGGCGACGGAGCUCCCGCCCGGGACCGAGACCUCGUCAAUAAUAACAAUAAUAAUAUUAAUAUUAACCCCCCGGGGCCCAGGGCGGUGUCUAACCCCCCCCUCCCUCCUCAGAGAGCUGUCAGUUAUUUAUUCCCCCCCCCGUGUGUAUGUUGGGGUUAGGGGGGGGUUAUUUAGUAUUAAAUUACAGAUAUAUCUCCCUCUCCCCUCUCUGAGUGUGAUGCUGGGCCCCGCCGCCCAGGUCCUGGGGCGCACCGCCACCCGCCGGGGCUGCGAGGAGCUGAGGGAGCAGCUGCAGGCUGCCGUCCGCUCUGUCCCGGACCCUCCCGCUGACCAUCCCGAGCUGCGUGUGGCCUGUGACCGGGUGAUCCGAGCCUGCAUCCAGCGCCUGGGGGACCCGGGGUCUGCCGCCGAGGGGGAAGGGGAGUGUCGGGGCCACCUCACCUCCCUGCUGGGCCUGGCCGUCCUGGCGUGUGAGGGGCUCCGGGCCUCCUCCGCGCCGGGAGGGCGCUGCGCCCCGCUCUACCUGGAGCGGCUGGUCUUCCACCUGCUGCGCUGCGCCUGCUCCCGCGGCCUGGCCCCCUCCUGCGCGCCCCUCUGCGGGCUGCUCCUGGCCGGCCUGUCCGGGAGCCCGCUGCCCGAGGCCGGCACAGUGGCCCGCUCUGCGUACGCCCUGCUCUGGGGCGCUGCCCCCUCCCUGCCCCGGGGCCCCAGCCUCUCCCUCAGGCUGCAGGCCCUGCGCCUCCUCGCCCUGGACCCCUCCUCCGCCCUCCUGGCUCAGAGAUUCGCCCAGUCCUGCCGCCUCCACCUGCAGGGCGAGGGGUCCGAGGGUCCCAGCCUGAGCGGGGAGACCCUGUCCCUCCUCCGGGACCUGCUGAAGCCUCCUCCCCUUGAGGACGGCCACCACCACCGCCCGCAGCAGCAGCAGCUCGCCCUCUGCUGCCAGCUGGCCCUGCAGGCGGCUUCCUCCCUGAGCAAGGCUGGGUUCCACACCCAGACCCGGGAGCUGCUGCAAGGGGCGAGCGCUCUCUUCCGCGGCCAGGGCAAGGGCGAGGACGGCCCCUUCCUGAGCGCCCUGCAGCUAGCCCAGCUCUCUGCCGGGCUCCGCGCCCCCUCACCCAACCCCGGGCGGACCCUGAGCCGGGCCCUGGGCACACUGCGCUCGGCAGGAGACAGCCCGGGCCCCCCUGGGAGACAGGCGCUGGCGGCCGGCUGCAGGUUUCUGCUGUCGGAGCUGCGGCUGCAGGCAGAGAGAGCGGGAGGACGAGGAGGAGGAGGAGGAGGGGAGGAGAAGGCCCGCUCCCCAGGACUCCGAGAGCUCUUCCAGCUCUCCACCUUCCUGCACGUCUACCUGGAGCUGGAAGUCUCCAGUUCCCCUGACGCUGGGACCCUGAAGCUCUGUUAUCAGAACCUGGAUCUCUUCACCCGAGAAGUCUACGAAUUCCUAAUGGAUCCUGAGGAGGAGGACUCUGCUGGAGCUGAGAAGCUGUUACCCCCCAGUAAGCUGAUUGUGGAGAAGAUGGUGGAGGUGGAGGAGGGAUUGGUUUCUCUCGGACAGACUGACUACAUCGGGGCGACAGGCCUGCGUCUCUAUAACCUGGCCUAUGGAUUCUACAGCCGGAAGCUGUUUGGUGAAGCAGUGGAGAUGGCGGUGACGCUGCGGGGCGACGGACAUCCUCCGGACCUGUUCUCCCGCUCCACCCUGCCCCUGGACAGGGUGGCCCGGUUUUACAGGCUGUUGGUGCAGUGCUAUCGGAAGCUGGGGGAGCUGGACAAGGCGAUGGAGACGGUGUGCAUGUGGCUGCUGGCCCAGGGGGAUCCGAGCAGUGGGCGGGAGACUGAACCCAUCGCCCUCUGGGCCUGUCUCAAAGCAGACGCAGUGAAGAGUGGCGACGAGGAGCUGCAGCUCAGGACCCUGAAGGAUGCCCUGCAGCCCUGGGGGGUCCCAUCCCCCCGGCUGGCGGAGCUGCUGCAGGAGGAGCUCAGGGCCUACAAGGGGCUGCAGACCGACACCUCGCGGGAACGCUUCAACGUCAUCUGUGACCUGCUGCAGCUGUGCUCGCCCCCUGGCCCAGAGCCGGGGACGGAGCCCCCCACACUGCGGUUACGGGCCAUGCAGCUGCUGGAACUGGCUCAGCUCCUGUGUUACCGCGACUUCACUCAGCACACCGAAUGCUCUGCGAUGGACUGUGUGGAGGAAGCCCUGACCAUACUGGGAUCCCUGAAGGAGACUCCGGAAAACUGGGAGCAGCUGCUGGAUGACCGGGCGAACGCCUACCUCUGGAGAUACGUCUGUGACCUGGAAUCGCGCAUCCGGGAGAGCGUGGAGAGGUGUCGGAGGCUGGGAUCGAUACCGGAGCCUGGAUUGGAUCCUGAGGACGGAGACCCGAACGAUAUGGAGUAUGAGGAGAAGCAGCAAGGAGCGCUGUCUGUACAUGACCACAUCGACUUCAACCUGACGGCAGAGAGCAAGCGUUGCGAGUCCCUGGACGAAGCACUGUCGCUGUGGAAACGCCUCCUGCUGUCCGGGUCUCCCGCCACCCUGCGGAACCCCGAACAGACGGCCCACGCUCUCCACCUCACCGCCGCGCUCUACAGGCUGAUGGACAAGCCCUUCCAGGUGAUCGAGAGCUAUAACUUGCUGCUGCGUUUGUUGGAGCCUAUGGAGGACACCCUGCCCAUCGCCAACGUGCUGCUGCAGCUCGGGGAGACCCUGCUGGCGGUAUCCUGUCUAGGCCCUGUCCAGGUGGAUGUGACGGUCUGCCUGCUGACGCUGACCAGCCUGUAUCCGAGGGGUGACCGGGAGGAGUUGCUGCAGCUCACCCGCCUGAGGAAGGGCAGAGUGCCCGUCACCGUGGGCAUCCCGGCGAGUGUCAGCACGGUGCUGAGCGAGUUUGACUCCAUCUUGGCCGAGCAGCGGGAGAUCAGCAACGAGACGGAGCUGAAGGCCUGGUGGGACGGUCGCACCUCUCUGGACCGCCGCAUGCGGGAGUUGGUGGAGUCGCUGGAGAGGGAUGUGCUGGGUUGCUGGAAGGGUCUGCUCCUGACUGCCCCACCGGACCCCCAGCUGGACGUGGAGGCGGCUGCUGUCUGUGAUCUCCUGGGGGGGCCCCGAGACUCGGACCAGGAGCUGCUGAAGGCCAUGCUGGGAGCCUCCUCGGUGCUGAGUGACUCGGAUGUCCAGUCCCUCGCUGACCGGCUGGGUGGGGCCAAAGGUCAGAAGGUGCUGCCUCGUCUCCAGGCCGCUGUGCACGCGCUGCGGUGUCUCCCCACUGACCCACCCAGGACAUGCUCCUCUCAACUCGUGCUCAUUCUGGACAAGCACCUACAGCGGCUGCCCUGGGAGAGUAUCCCCACGCUCCGGGCUCAUCGGGUGUCCAGGCUGCCUUCCUUCCAGUUCCUGCUCGCGUAUGUAGCUGCCAGCACGUUACAGCUGAGGUCGGUGCUGACCGAGGGGCUGAACCCCAGCAGUGUGUACUACGUGUUAAAUCCCCAGGGGAACCUGCCCAACACAGAGAAGACCUUCAAGGACUGGUUUCGCAGGAGGCCGGGCUGGGAGGGAGUGGUCGGACGCGGUCCCAGCGAGGGCAAGCUGAAAUCCGUGCUGUGCAACAGAGACCUGUACCUGUACGCUGGGCACGGUGCUGGGGUGCGGUUCCUGGAGGGCCAGGAGGUACAGAAGUUGAGUUGCCGGGCCGCCUCGUUACUGCUGGGCUGCAGCAGUGCUGCUCUGGCCCUGCGGGGGGAUCUCGAGGGGGUGGGCAUCCUCCUCAAGUACAUGAUGGCCGGCUGCCCGCUGUUCCUGGGGAAUCUCUGGGAUGUGACGGAUAAGGACAUUGACCGGUACAUGGACCGGUUACUGCGGGGUUGGCUGGAGGCCGGAUCCCAGACCUCGUUGCUGCAGUACGUGGCUCACGCUCGCACAGCUCCCAAACUCAAGUACCUGAUCGGUGCCUCUCCCGUGGUCUACGGCCUGAGCGUCUCGCUGCAGUGAGGGGGGGAGAGAGGAGAUUCGGCCCCUCUGCUGCUAUCAGCGGGCAUCGCUGUCCACCCCAGGGGCAGACUGACAUCGUCUGGGGAGGGAGGGGACAUGAGGGAUCGGAGCUGUGUGUCUCCCCCUCUGUCCCGGGGAGCGUGAGGGGUCUCUGAGAUACCUGUCCAUGGGCGGAGGGAAGGGGUGAGUGGGGUGGGGAAGGCUCCGUGCCCCCCAGGCCCCAAUCGGAUUGUAUGUAGUAAUUUAUGGAUCAGUUGCUCCUUUCUGUGGGACGUUCGAGUGAACAAGAGAUUUAAUAAAUACAGAUUUCUAUCCCGUCCACAA